GGAUAAUGGACUGUUUGGCAUGUGUCCUACCAUGUCGGGGUCUGGACUCAACUCCCAUACCGACCUGGCAGCACCCGGGCCCGUCACAGGGCUCACCGGGUACACCUGUGGGAUAUUAUACAAGGGAGUCCGGGUACAUGGUCGAGAGUCCGAUACGCGGCCGUGCGCCCUGCAAGAGCGCAGCAUGAAUAAUUCGUUCCACAAUGCUCGGUUAAUCUGACUGUGGAAAGCGUUUUAUGUUUGAUCAAUGGUGCGAGAUCGACUACAGAAAAAACGAGUAACGUUUCCUUGCCAAUUUUGAUGAAUCCGCUGUAGUCUGUCAGAUGAAAAAUGGUCAAGUUAACUACCGCUUACGUGGAGAAGAAAUGCUCGCAGACCCAGGCAUCGAAGUCUCUUACCAAAGAGUUAAAAAAAGAUCAUCUGAGAAAAAUCACUCACCUCUACAUGAACGACAAAUUUAUCAAUACCAUUGGUAACUUUGCCGCAUGCCGAAAUCUACGUGUAGUUUAUCUCCAGAAUAACUGCAUAACUAAGAUAGAAAAUUUGCAUUUUGCGACGAACAUAACGCAUUUAUAUCUUCAACAUAAUAACAUAUCGAAGAUCGAGAAUCUCAACUGCUUACAAAAUCUUACGUCUUUAUUUUUGGGAUAUAAUAAUAUCAGCGUCGUAGAGGGAUUGGAAAAUGCAGAAAACUUGACAGAACUACAUGUCGAAAGACAGAACAUAUCGGCUGGAGAGUCCUUAUGUUUUGAUCCUAGAAGCUGCCAUACCAUAGCAAUGUCCCUCAAGAUCUUGAAUAUAACAGGGAACCAAAUGACAACCAUAAAUGAAUUAAGCAACUUCCAAAUGCUCGAGUCAUUGGAAGCGAACAAUAAUUACAUCGAAAACAUCAAGGACCUAACGGAAACCAUUAAAAGCCUUCCAAAAUUGGAACAAUUGAGUCUACAGGAUAAUCCCGUGACCAAAUGCUAUCGAUACAGAGAAAACAUCAUCGCUAACACGGAUCUCUUGGCGUGCUUAGACGGGAAAAAUAUUAGUCCAAUAUCUCGUCGGUUUAUGAAGAAAUUUCAAAUCGAACGACAUCUCCAAGCAACAACAACACGAUCAAAAAUGACUUUGAGCGAUGACAUCACAAAUUCGUUGAACUUACCUCCAGCGUUCAAAAGGUCGGUGACCCGAGCGAUAUUUCAGCAUCCGGGACCAAAAUUAUCAAUAUCAGUAGCGUCUGCAUCCGGCGAGUUGCAACCACAAAUGUUCCCAUCUUGGGCGUCAGUUCCGACGAUCCGAGGCUUCAAAGAUUGUCAUCUCACUCCCAGACCACUUUGGAAAAGUUCAUCAAGGAAUAAACCAAGGCUCACAUUUUCCGCUUCAAACGCAAACAUCAUAGAAUUACCACCACUUUAAAUAAAUCAGCUGUAGCGGUAUUCGUCAUUUAUAUUUUCGGGUGUUCGUUAUACGAGGACCUUUUCAAAUCAAUAAUAAAUUAUAAACUUUUGAUCAUA